GGUAAACACGCCGGUAAGAAUUGUGUAUUUUCCAGGUUUGGGUAACCUCCUCGGCAAGAAAAUCAAUCCUAUAAGAAGCGAAGCGAAGCGAAGAGAGAGGGCCAAAAGGAAAGGAAAUCAAAAAAUUGCAAGAAAGAGAAGAGAAUGGCUCAUGAGGAGGAGUCUUUGAAACAAGAAUUGGAGGAAUUGCAGAAACAGCUUGGGAAGAAACAAAAGUUUGAGGAGGCUGUCUUUAACCUGAAAUCUCUGCUCCGAGACCUCUAUCCCUCUUCCUCGCCCUCUCUCCGCAAAUUGUUUUACUCUGUUAUAUGCCGGGUUGCAACCAUUUUAAAGACGAGGUAUACAGCACCCGGUUUCUGGCUCGCGGGAUUGGGGCUUUUUGAGCAGGCCGAACACCUUGUUUCUGAUGCUUCUGAGAAGCAGCACUUGAAGACUUGCAUUCUGCAGGCUAGGGAACACUUGCGCCAACUGCAUAAUCCUUCAGAAUCCACACCAAACACAUCCAACAGAGGAUAUCUUUUUGAGGGGCAUCUCACCGUGGAUCCAGAGCCACCGCAGCCUCAGUGGCUGGUGCACUCUAACCUUUUGACUACCGCUGCUACACUUUUUGCAGCCGAAUCUUCUCAAGGUCCAGCAGAAAGCAAUAACACGACAGAAAAUGCUGCCAGUCUACUUCAAGAUCUCAUAACCAGCCUAGAUGAUGUUUUGCCUCUGAUCCCAGAAAAUGAUGCCGUACCCCGAAGAGUGCCACCUGCCAGUAAGGAAGUUGUUGCAAAGCUUCCAGUCAUUAUUAUUGAAGAGGAAAUCCUGGCUAAGCUUGGAAAAGAUGCAGAGUGUGCAAUUUGCAGGGAGAACUUGGUUGUUAGCGACAAGAUGCAAGAGUUGCCCUGCAAGCACACGUUCCACCCUCCUUGUCUAAAGCCAUGGCUGGAUGAGCACAAUUCUUGUCCAAUUUGUCGCCAUGAGUUGCAAACUGAUGAUCAUGCCUAUGAGAGCUGGAAGGAGCGGGAAAAGGAGGCUGAAGAAGAGAGGAAAGGUGCUGCAAAUGCUAUUCGUGGUGGUGAAUACAUGUAUGUUUAAAUAAGAUUCACUCAUGUCGACCUAGUUGCGUAUUAUUUGUGAUUAUUGUACUUGUAGAUGUGACUUUGUUGAUUAUUGAACACUUGAAGCUAUGAAAAAAUUGAAUUGACUUCCUUUUU